AUGGGUGAACAUAAUAAGGGAGUGUAUCAGAGGUUCUAUAGGAGACGUUAUAAAAUCCCGAGAAAAUGUGUCAAUUCACCCAAAUUAAAUACUCCCCGUAAAUGUCGGGCUAAAAAGGAAUCCUCCAAGAAGAUUAGGUGCCAAGGUGACGAUUUCAGUUCAUCAAGUGAAGAAAUAGAGAUUAAGAAGCUCCAAAAGAAGAAUGCUCACAAUUUAAUUGAGAAACGACGUCGAAUUCAAAUAAACGAUCGUAUUAAUGAGCUUGCAACCCUCCUACCAAAAGUCUCCGAACCAUUUGGUGAGAUAAUUGAUAUGCACUGCUCGGAUAAGAGUGGAAUAUUAAAAUCAACAGUGGAAUAUAUAAAAUGUCUCAAGAGCGAGGUGGAAAAGCUCCGGGCUGAGGCAAAACAAUUUCAGGAUUUACAAAAGAACAACAAUGAUUUUGGAAAUCGAAUUAAGGAAAUUGCGCAGACCCCAAAUACGAGAGAUUAUUAUAAUUUUGAUUCAUCAAAUGCUUCAAUGGGAGAAAUACCCGAUGAAUGGCCCAAUAUUGAUAUUUUCAAUUGCUCCCAAAUGGACUUCAACGAAUCAACUUUCAUGAGUCAGCCAGAAACAUCGAUUGAAGAUAUAAUUACAAGAGAUUGUCGUAUUGGAAGCUCCACAUACGUUGAUGAAACGAACCCCACCAACCUGGACGACUUAUAUCCGUCUCUUCUGGAAUAUGUAACAGAUAUUCUUUGAUCCGGACCUACAAUUAUCUAUAUAAUAAAGAAAGGCCUGUUUGUUGGUAAUCGUCGUUCCGA